CCUGCAGGCUGAGCGCGCGCCUGUGGGUUUCCAGCUGUGAGCUCGUGCGGCUGACUGUUAGUUUCUGUUCGGUUCGUGUCGGACUGCUUCGUUCUUUGGUGCCUUUUUCUUUAGGUUCGGACCCAGCCUGUCCUCCCGGAAGCUGCGCUCUUUCCUCCGGACCCAAAGCUCAGGGUUCCUCGGUGGUUCUGGACCUUCAUCCAGGAGGCGCUGCGGCUCCAAUGAUGCGCUGGACUGUCCCGGUUCUGCUGACGGUUCUGUUCGCUCAGCUGUCGGCUGCUGAUCCAGACACCGGAGCGGAAGAUCAAGUGAUCGACGUGCUGAGCCUUCAUGACUCCAAGCAAAGCGUUGCAGCAGUGCAGAAGCUGUCAGGGAGUCUGAGCGCGCUCAGUGACAUCUACGUGGUGUCGACGUUCCGUCUGCCGGUGAAGAUGGGCGGAGUUCUGUUCGGACUCUACAGCAAACAGGACAACAGGAAGUACCUGGAGGUGGCCAUCAUGGGGAAGAUCAACAAAGUCCUGCUGCGGUACGUCAAGGCUGACGGGAAGAUCCACACUGUGAACCUGCAACACUCCAACCUGGCUGACGGACGCACUCACUCCAUCAUGGUGAGACUCGGUGGCCUCCGGCGCAGCAGCAUGCAGGUGGAGCUGUAUGCUGACUGCCGAUUGGUCGACUCCAGUGAGGGCGCGCCCCCAUUGGUUCCUCUACCCAGAGAGGCGGAGAUGGUGGAGAUCCGACACGGACAGAAGUCGUACAGCCGACUGCAGGGUGCUGUGGAGUCCCUCCGCCUGGCUCUAGGGGGCACCGUUGCUAGGGCGGGUGCUCUGACCGACUGUCCAUUCCAAGGAGACGCGUCAGCCUACAACUCAGUGAACGGCGAGCUCCAGUCCAUCCUAGGUGAACACACCAAGGCUCUGAUUGGUCAGCUCAUCAUCUUCAACCAGAUCCUUGGAGAACUGCGGCAGGACAUCAGAGAGCAGGUGAAGGAGAUGUCUCUGAUCAGGAACACCAUCCUGGAGUGUCAGGUUUGUGGAUUCCAUGAACCACAGUCCCGCUGCUCUCCAAACCCGUGCUUUAAAGGUGUCCCCUGCAUGGACAGCCUGCAGUACCCUGGCUUCACCUGCGGACCCUGUCCCCCUGGAACCACUGGUAAUGGGACGCACUGCAGGGACGUCGAUGAGUGUGAGCUGCAGCCAUGUCAUUCUCCUGAUGCCUGUGUGAACACCGUGGGGGGCUUCAGCUGCAAACCGUGUCCUCCGGGCCUGUGGGGGGCGCCGCUGGCUGGAACUGGACUGGACUACGCCAAGACACACAAACAGGAAUGUGUGGACAUCGAUGAGUGUGUGGAUCUUCCUAAUGCCUGCGCAUCAAACUCUGUCUGCAUCAACACUGUGGGUUCUUACAAAUGCGGAGGCUGUAAACCCGGUUUCUUCGGCAACCAGACAUCAGGCUGCUUCCCCAGGAAGUCGUGUGCUUCUUUGACCUUUGACCCUUGUGACACUAACGCCCACUGCGCCAUGGAGAGGAAUGGAGAGGUUUCCUGCAGAUGUAACGUGGGCUGGGCCGGGAAUGGACACACCUGUGGGAUGGACACGGACAUCGAUGGUUACCCCGACCGCUCUCUGCCCUGCAUGGACAACCACAAACACUGUAAACAGGACAACUGUGUCUUCACCCCAAACUCAGGGCAGGAGGACGCCGACAACGACGGGAUCGGAGACCAGUGCGACGAGGACGCGGACGGGGACGGCAUCAAGAACAUUGAGGACAACUGCCGUCUGGUCCCCAACAAAGACCAGCGGAACUCGGACAGCGACUCCUUUGGAGACUCGUGUGAUAACUGUCCCACCGUCCCCAACAGCGACCAGAAGGACACGGACAACAACGGACAGGGAGACGCCUGCGAUCAGGACAUCGAUGGAGAUGGCAUUCCCAACGUUCUGGAUAACUGUCCCAAGGUUCCCAACCCCAUGCAGACCGAUAGAGACCGAGACGGAGUUGGAGACGCCUGCGACAGCUGCCCUGAACUCAGCAACCCCAUGCAGACGGACGUGGACAACGACCUGGUGGGAGACGUCUGUGACACCAACCUGGACACGGACGGAGACGGCCACCAGGACAGCAGAGACAACUGUCCCGAUAUUCCCAACAGCUCCCAGCUGGACUCAGACAACGAUGGCCUCGGGGACGACUGCGACCACGACGACGACAACGACGGCGUCAUUGACGACUACGACAACUGCAGACUGAUCAUCAACCCCAACCAGAAAGACUCUGAUGCUAACGGAGUCGGAGACGUCUGUGAGAACGACUUUGACAACGACGCGGUGAUGGACCUGAUCGAUGUGUGUCCAGAGAGCGCCGAGGUCACGCUGACGGAUUUCAGAGCCUAUCAGACGGUGAUCCUGGACCCGGAAGGCGACGCUCAGAUCGACCCCAACUGGGUGGUUCUGAACCAGGGCAUGGAGAUCGUUCAGACCAUGAACAGUGAUCCUGGUUUAGCUGUUGGCUACACGGCGUUUAAUGGCGUCGACUUUGAGGGAACAUUCCACGUCAACACGGUGACGGACGACGACUACGCCGGCUUCAUCUUUGGCUACCAGGACUCCUCCAGCUUCUACGUGGUGAUGUGGAAGCAGACGGAGCAGGCGUACUGGCAGUCCCUCCCCUUCAGGGCCACGGCGCAGCCCGCCCUGCAGCUCAAGGCUGUGAAGUCCCGAACCGGGCCGGGCGAGUACCUGAGGAACGCUCUGUGGCACACUGGGGACACACCUGGAGAGGUGAAGAUGCUCUGGAAGGACCCCCGAAACAUCGGCUGGAAGGACAGAACCUCGUACCGCUGGCAGCUGAGCCACCGGCCGCAGGUGGGAUACAUCAGGGUGAAGUUCUUUGAGGGAACUAACAUGGUGGCGGACUCUGGCGUGGUCAUCGACACCACGAUGAGAGGAGGAAGGCUGGGCGUGUUCUGCUUCUCCCAGGAGAACAUCAUCUGGUCCAACCUGCGCUACAGAUGUAACGACACGGUGCCAGAAGACUUUGCAGCUCGUCGACAGCAGGUUCUGAUGCACAUCCAGGUCUGAGUUCAACAGAAGGACUGUUCGCAGACGCAGACGCCGUCAGAGAGCCGAGCGUCUGCGGAUCCAUGUUAGUCUGAGCAGAAGUUGGGCUGAUUGAGUGAAAGUGUUUGGAAGCUGAUGAGACGCAGAAACCAUCCAUCACAGCAAAGUUUGAUCGUUUCCAUGAACCAACCAGGAUCUGCUUCUUAACAUGAUGGUUUCCACCAUGUUUGCUUCUGUCCUGAUGAGCAUCAGCUGUUUUAGAAAGAAGCUUCAGCCUGUUUGUUUUCCAGGCAGAGGUUUUAACGCUGCGCCGACGCUCAUCCGCAUUGUCUCCUUUAACGAACUCUAAAUAAAAACACGCUCUGCUCGGUGCGGCUCCGGCGCUCUGAGGAUUUUAUUCUAUAAAAUCAUCCUUAAGGCUCUACGGGAACAUCCAGUUAAUUUUACACUAUUUACUUCACUAUCAGAAUGUGUUUUUUAUUCUUUAUUUUUAGUCAAAUGAAGAUUUAAGCUUUUUUAUUAUCCAGUAACUUAUUUUUCAGAAAUAAGCUCUGCUUGCUGUUUGUCUGGAAAACGCUGCUCUCUUGUGUUUUGAUGACUUCUAGCAUCUCUAGUUCUGUCUCAGUGGGGCGUUCAGGGCGGUCAGAGAUGAUUUACCGGAGCAGUUUUUCUGUCAGUGAACGCAUCACUCUCUAAAUAUUCUAACCAAAUAAUGCAUCCCAGCCGUCCUCUGCUGUCAGAUAUGGUAUUUACUGAGACCGCCAUGAUGGAGGCUUAAUGUUUGUGCAUCGCUACAUUAAAGGCAACCUAAACCCAAAACGUUUCAGUUUUCUUCCAGAACGGCGGACCUUGUAGAGUCCGGAUGUUUCCUGCUGCAGGUACGGAACGCUGGGAGUUUGAUGGGAACAGACUGAUGUCAGACGCUCUUAGCCUGAACCGUUACACCGACCUGUUGUCUGGGUUUAGCCUGCAGGAUGCAGCACCGACCGUUUGCUUCUCUCCUCCUGAUGAGCAUCAUCUGCAGGGACAGUUCAGCAGUAAAGACGGAGACCAACACGUCCUCCUUAAAGCAGCACUAACUUCCUGUUGAUGUAAACCACAGAAACUCAUUUAUUAUCAGCAUAAAACUGCAGCUGAUGGAGAAUCGGGUUCCUACCGCCAGACAGAGUUUGAACUUUUCCUAAAGCCAAACGUUCACCGUGUUAAAAAAGGCAACAUGCUGGUAGGAGAAAACUUUCUUUCCAAAUAAAUUAGAAUCUGAGAAGGUUUAAAAUUCUGACAGACGAGGAGAAGAAGACUGACC